CAGAUUGACGCAGUCUACGCCUAAACGUCGUACAUUGACGACGCCACCUUUCGUUACGGUCUGUUCAAUUUAAUCGUCGCGAUUAUCGUAUGGUGUCGUUGUAACAAAUCGGCCAUUCAAUAUAGUGUGUUUGUGAUUAGCGUAUUGUGCAAUUUUGUAUUUGUCAUUGAUUAUGACUCAGAGAAGUGCUUUAGAAUAAGGACUGUUUAUAAAACAUCGUGGGAGUUGAACAUUAUUGAUGCCAGUAUAACUAUCAGUGAUAAAUACACAAGUUUUUUUGGAUAUAAUUGUACUCCAGAGCCUGUGACUCAAUAGAAUCUAAGUCUAAGUGGAGUGUCAUGAGGUACCACGAGGUCAUGGCGAAUGGAACAUCAGAAUACUCACCGGUGAUGACGAAUGGUUCUUCGUAUGGAAAGGGAGAUAGAUAUACAGCUGCUCCCAAUGAGAUCUUCGUCAACAGAUCGCUGCAUUUGGAGAAUGUCAAGUUCUACGGCUUCGACAUGGACUACACUCUGGCCGAGUACAAAUCGCCUCAGUAUGAAACACUAGGUUUCAAUUUGACAAAAGAGAGGCUGGUCCACAAAGGUUACCCAGAAGAGAUUCUCGAAUUUGAAUACGACCCGUCGUUUCCCGUAAGGGGCCUCUGGUUUGACACAUUAUACGGCAACUUGUUGAAAGUGGAUGCUUAUGGUAAUAUACUAGUCUGUGUACAUGGAUUUGAAUUUCUUAAACACUCGCAAGUGUACGAAUUGUAUCCAAACAAAUUCUUAACGUUAGAUGAAUCUAGAGUGUAUGUAUUGAACACCUUGUUCAAUUUACCGGAGACAUAUUUAAUAGCCUGUCUUAUAGACUUCUUCACAAACUCACCGCAAUAUACCAGGGUCAAAAAUGGCGUUCGCUGUGGCGACCUGGCGAUGUCUUUCAACUCAAUAUUCCAAGACGUCAGAAGCGCCGUCGACUACGUCCACAUCCACGGCGACCUGAAGAAGAAGACCAUUGAGAAUCUGGAUUUGUAUUUGAAGAAGGACGAGAGGCUGCCGAUGUUCCUCGCCCGGAUACGCGAGAGCGGAGCGAAAGUGUUCAUAUUGACGAACAGCGAUUACAACUUCACCGACAAAAUUAUGAAUUAUCUGUUUGACUUCCCGCAUGGGGCCAAGGCGGGCGAACCACACAGAAACUGGAGGACCUACUUCGACUGGAUAGUGGUAGACGCCAAGAAGCCGUUGUUCUUCGGCGAGGGAACCACUCUGCGUCAAGUUGACACCCGGACAGGAGCGCUGAAGAUGGGACACCAUGUGGGGCCUUUACACGAGGGACUUGUUUACUCGGGCGGUUCAUGCGACGUAUUCACGGAACUGAUAAGCGCGAAGGGCAAGGACGUGCUAUACGUCGGUGACCACAUCUUCGGCGACAUCCUCAAGUCGAAGAAGAUAGGCGGCUGGCGCACCUUCCUUAUCGUGCCCGAACUGGUGCAGGAGUUGCAUGUAUGGACAGACAAGUGCCAAUUGUUCGCGCAACUGCAAAACUUGGAUAUACAGCUCGGCGAUAUGUACAAAGACCUAGACUCAAGCACGAAGGAGAAGCCCGAUAUAUCGAAGCUGCGUGCGUCUAUUCGUGACGUCACACACAAAAUGGACCUCGCGUACGGAAUGCUCGGCUCAUUGUUCCGCUCCGGAUCUCGGCAAACAUUCUUCUCAUCACAGGUGGUGAGGUACGCGGACCUGUACGCCGCGUCGUUCCUCAACCUGAUGUACUACCCGUUCUGCUACAUGUUCCGCGCGCCCGCCAUGUUGAUGCCUCACGAGUCCACCGUCGCUCACGAGCAGCGCUUCACAGUGGACACGCCCACUAUCGACAGGUCUCGUCUAGUGAACGCGGUCGGGCGAGUCCCUGCCAACAUCGCGGAAGUAACUUCAUUAGAGAGCGAUUCUGCACUGGAUCUUAAUAAUGAUUUGAAGGCCCAGACGUCGGUGCCGCACGUACGACCCGAGACCCCGCGUCGGCUCACGCACACUCACGACGAGGACUGUUCCGACGACGAGGACCUCAAACAUGCCCACAAGUAAACCGACGGCCUGACGGAGAUGUCGUUAAAACAUUAAUAGACUACAUUUUGUAGGUACAAAGCAAUCUUGUUGACUAUAAAUUUAUCGAGCUUUACAUACUAAACCAUAGUAGGUCGGCUUUGUGCUGUUCAGUUAUUUCCUUUGCCAAUAUUUUAGUUUUAUAUUGACCAUAUAAAUUAUCAUAUUUUGUAUAGUUUCAUCUCUGGGUUGAAUUCGAUUUGAUUGAUUAUUGAUUCGGUCAACGCCGGGAAGUCUAGGUUUAACAUUUCCGCCUCUGAAUCUGAAAUCUGUUCAGAACUCGGAGUUGAAAUAUAUCAGUUGCUUAUCUAUACAUAUAAGUAAAAUUGGAGUUCUGUAUUUUUCACUAUAUGUAUAUGAAUAUAUAUAUGUAAUUUUUGUGUCUGUUUAUUCCGGCUAAUCUCUGAAAUGGCUGAACCGAUUUUGAUCGGACCUUUAUUGGCAGGUAGCUGGUGUAAUAAAAGAGUAACAAAGUUCAAAUUCGUACGAAUUUCUACUUUCUACAUUCGUAAAAAUUAUUUUAUUUUAGAAAAAUAAAGUAAUGUUGCAAAGUCCGAGAAACGGUUUAACUCUAAAAAUAAUUUAUAUGGCAAAGCAACGUUUGCCGGGUCAGCUAGUCAUUUAUUUAAUGAAUAAUGACAGACCUAAAUCUAACAUCAAGUCGAACCCAUAUUCUUCGCUUGAUGGCCAACUAAAACUCGAGAAUACUUUAAUGUAUUUAAUGCUAUAUCGAUAAAUUAAUCAUGAUUGCAACCUAGAGUUGAAUCAGGGGACUUAUCAUGAAAAAAUAAAGUUAAAAUCACCGAAGAGUAUCAGUUCACUGAGCCUUUUCACAAAAUUCUAUAAAUCUUGAAGUCAAUUUACCGAAAGUCAAAUUAUUGUAAGUCUAAAAUGAAACAAUAAUAUCGUGCGAAACACGAAACUCAAAGAACUUUUGUUUUUUUUUUAAUUUGGUGUCUUGUUAUAAUUUGGCUAUGUUGAUUUUGUGUUAAGAAAUGUUCUAUUAUGUUGCUAUUGUUGAUAUAUUUUAUAUGUGACUAAUUAUAAGUUUUGUAUGUAAGAAUAUAUUUUAUUAUUGUUAUAAUCUGUUCGCCGUUUGUUGGUAAAACUAUUAAGUCAGGUUUUAAACUCAUUAGAAAUUGCUUUUCGUUAAUAAUAUUUACUGUUAUCGAGUUUCACUGCCUUGCGCUUGACAACAGCUGUGGCCCUCGUACCACAAAACUCAGCACGACAAUUGGACGUAGUUCCUGAAAAAAGUUCCAGGCCACAAACAUCAUAUUUUAAGAAAUUCGUGUUUAAUGUUUAAUAAAUAUUAGUGUAUUUCAAACAUGAGGGUUGGGCUAGAGUAAGUCACGAUGUCAUAUAAAGAGUGACAAUAGGGCUAUAAUUUUUUGUCAGGUGGUUUUUUGUCAGGAGGUUUUACAGGUAAUAAACCGACGCGAUAUUUAUCAACUCUCGGCAAACGGAAAAUAGAAUGUUUCAUUUAAUUUGCCAUUUAAUGAUGUACUGUGAGUGCGAUUAAUGAUUAGAAUAUUUAAAAAUAAUGAUUAUUCAUCAGAAUUAAUACAAUUAAUUAACAAUGUCUAGUGUACAUUCGAUUGACAAUCUCUAUUAUUAAAAUAAAAAGUUAACUUGUAGAUAGUUUACACUUGGCAAAUGCGAUACUCGAUUCAUAGAUGCAGAUUUUGUGUUUUACCAAAGUUGUGUGUUGAGAAUUCCUACUUAGCCGCAUCGUAUAAACGAGGCAUAACAUUUAGAAGGGUUUUUAUAUUAAAAUUAUAUAUAAUCUCAAUUAUAUUAAUAUAAAUAUUAUUAUUAUUGAGUCACUUUAAAAGCGCUAACCAACUGUGGGUAUUUAUGUGUUAUAUUUAGACGACAUAAUUUUACCUUGUAAGAAAUUAUCUAAUAAUAAUAAGUACCUCUCAAAAGUGUUUGAAAUUAUCUUAGAUUUUAAACUGAAACUAAAUUUAAAUCAUGUAUUACAUAUGUACAUAUACGUAAACAUGAUGAUUUUUUCAUCGGUGAUGACGAAUCAUCUCUGGCGAGUUCUGUGUGAAUGAGGCCUAAUUUAACGGAUUUUUUUCUGUUAUUUCUAAACCACAUUCUUUAAUGUUGUUCAAAAUUAUUGCUGCAAAUUAAUUAUAAUCGAUUGCAAACAGCAAUCGGGACGCCACAAAUUAGGAUAUCACCCCCAUCAUCGGGAUGUGGGGCGGUCCACCAAAGUGCGGUUUUCAAGGAACUUUCUUCAACGUACAAACAAACUAUGGAAUAAGCGUUGUUUUCAGGACGAUACGACAUAGGCACCUGCGGAAAAAGCGCGUACAUCCUUCUAAAGUCGGCAUUGCUCCUGCGAUUCCUCUGGUGGUGCUAAAGAACUGCUUGUGGGCGGCGGUGAUCACUUAACAUCUGGUGAACAGCACGCUCCCUGUCUUCCAAAAAAAAAUACAGUCUUAUCUUUGGAUAGUCUGAGUUGAGUAAUAAGAUUUAUAGCAAUGAUUUUUUUAAUAAUAAAACCCUUAAAUACAGACAAUACAAUGUAAUGUUUACACUAAACCCCUUAUUCAUAAUGGUCCGCUAACUUAAAACAGCCGCUAAGGAGUGUUUUUUCUCAUUCUAACUUAGUUCAAUAGAAGACAGAGUGAAAAUUAGCAAUGCUUUAAGUUAGCAGACUAUUAUGAAUAAGGGGGUAAAAGUAUUGUGUAUUGAUAAAGCCUGCAAGAAUUGGUAACAAGUAAUAUUUUAUUCUUUGAAUUUGAGUAUCGAGCCUGCGGGUGUGAGAUCGACUGAAAUGCACAUGUAUUGUAUGUAAUUCGUGUUUAUAGAAGUAUAGCUGUAGUUAGAAGUAUUGUCUAAAACGCCGCAAUGGGCAAAAUGUAUGUGAUUAUAUAUGACUAGUGAUUUUUCAAUUUUUACACAAUACAAAUUAUAUUAUAGUAUGAUGUAAUUGAAAUAUAUAAUAACAAUUU